AUGGAUUAUACAGAUGAUAUUUAUAUGACGGGCCAUCGAAGGCGCCCGGCAGCUUUUUGGAGAUAUCUAUCUAGUUUGGUGUUGACAACAAAACAAUUGUCCAUUGCUUCGAAUGGCGCACCGUUCUUUAUGAUUCUUAUGAUUAUGAUUGAGGUAUGUGAAAUACUAUGAGUUAUGCUGUUUUAGACAAACAUAAGGGGAGCUACCUCAAAAUUUGGGAAGAUACCGUAACAAUUUUUAACUUGUAGUUAUGUAGAUUUUGCCUAGAACGAAAUGUUGAAGUUUUCCAUAGCUGCAAAAUACAGUCUAUUUUUUCCUAGAUUUUCUACAUAAUAAAACACAUCGAAAGUCAACAUGCUGCAAGUGUCCUAUGGUCUGCUCAUUGUGCUCUCCACCUUUUUGUUCAAAUAAUUCUCGGAAUUCCCCUCGAAGUUGCCUAUGGCUCAUCAUCUGUCGGUUUCCUAUAUAUAUCAUCUCAAUGUUAUUCAGCUCUGAUUGUUUCAAUUUUGGAAAACGCUUAUCGAUGUAUUGGAAGCGAUGCGGCGUGUUUUGCUCUAAUAAGUUUGCAUUGCACAAAUAUUGUUGAGAAUUGGUAUAAUUUUACGAUGAAAUACACAAGACUUCUCAUAAUGUUUUUGAUGACUUUUCCGAUUAUUAUAUUCUAUUCGCACAUUGAGACGCAUAUUCGACAAAUUGAAUAUGGAAGAUAUGCAGCACAUCCAUAUCAUGGAAUACUUGCCAGUUGUUGGAUUGGAUUUCUUUUCGCUCAUUUUUGGAUGCAUCGGGAUAGAGAAAGAGUGAGUCUUCAAAUUCAAAAUUCUCAGAAUUAUUUCAUUUAUUUUUCAGCGUCAACCAUGGUGGCGUCCAAUGACAGUAAUCCUGCUACUUCUUUUAUACUACAUUAUUUUCGCUCAAAAUCUUUUCGGUAUUGUGCCAAAACAAACAACGACGGAAACACCCCAAAACUGGUCAGAACAUGAUAAAACUGUUAAUAGACUUCUUGGUGAUUGA